AUGUUUCGUCUAAGUUCUUCCACCCUGUUUGGUUGGUCAGCCAUCGAUACAAGUUCCUCGAGUGGUAUUGUUGCAGGUACUGAAAUUCAUGUUUUCCAUGCUAGGUCUUCCAUUCUAUAUCUAAUAUGCUCUGAAUUGAAGCCAUGGGAGAGGGUUUUUGAGGUAAGGAAAAUGGAAGAAGAAGCCACUUCCCAUUCUGAGCAAGCAGAUCCGGCUUCUAGGGCUGCACGGGCAGGAGUUCAGGCAGGGGCCAGGGAUAUAGAUAGACUAUUGAAAUUCAAGAAGUUGUAUCCAACGGAGUUUGAGGGUACUUUUAAACCUCAAGAGGUAGAGGAUUGGUUGAAAAUGGUUGAGAGGGUUCUAACAGCUAUGGGAGUAACUAAUGAACAAAAGGUGACUUUAGCAACCUUCACCUUGAAAGGGCAAGCUUUAAUAUGGUGGGAGGAAAGUCAGAGGUUGCUGUCAGCCCCAUUACCAGGUAUUCAGCCACCAAUGCCACAAGUCAUUACAUGGGCAAGGUUUGUGAAGGCCUUUAAUGAUCAUUACUGUCCUGAGACGUAUCGUUUCCAGCAGGAAGCAUAUUUUAUUAAUCUUAAACAGGGGAGUAUGUCGGUGGCCGAAUAUGAAGCCAAGUUUAAUGCUCUUUCAGCCUAUGCUACGGAUAUGGUGGAUACUGAAGAAAAGAAGGGUAGACGGUUCAGAGGUGGGUUGGAGGAUAAUGUUUGA